UGUUGUCAGGACACGGAAGUUUCACGUUUUAUAGCUCAUCAUGAAGUCCCUUCUAGUCCUGUGUUUAGUAAUCGCCGCUGUGUGGGCUCGACCAGAAACAUAUGACACUCGGUAUGAUGACUUUGAUGCGGAGACCCUGGUGGAGAAUGUUCGGUUACUGAAGGCAUAUGGCCACUGCUUCCUCGGCACCGGACCUUGCACUCCUGAGGGAAGCGACUUUAAGAAAACCAUCCCCGAUGCCCUUAGAACCGGCUGUGGCAAAUGCACAGCCAAACAGCGUCAUCUGAUCCGCGUCGUGGUCCAAGGCUUCCAAUCCAAGACUCCAGACCUAUGGCAACAGCUGGUCAAGAAGGAAGACCCCAAUGGCCAGUACAAGGAGAUUUUCACCAGGUUCCUGAACGGUUCCGACUAAAUAAUACCAAAGAGAUCUAAUGCCAAGAAGGUUCUACUCUCGUACACUGCAAACUUUUUGUCGCCCGACAUUAUAACGAUUAGGUAUCAGACAAUGUAAAAGUUUGAUUGCAUUUAUAUGCCAACCACCGCGUCAACUAUCGGUCGACAGUUUAGUCUGUAGUGUACGGGCGCUAGAUACAAUAUUGUUUACGAAUAUGCAUCUUGUGCAUCUAUGCAGUGCUAAGUGCUAGUUUUGGCAUGUCUGUGCGAAAAUUGUAUUAUCUCAUUUUCAUUUAGAUAAACAUUUUGGCUUACCUUGGCUUGACAUCGUCUGGGCAAAUAAGACCUAGGUCCGUGUUGACGUCUCGAUUUUGUUAUACAUCACAUUAAUUAAUUUUAAGCUUCUAUACUAACUUAAUUUGUAAACACAAAACGUUGUUAUUAUAAUUAUCUUAUUUAUUUAUUUAAUAAAAACGAUUAAAAGUA